AUGCCCCAACCUGUACCACAUCUUGCGCUUGCCCGUCUUAAGACGUCCCUCAAGAUGGCCAUAAGCAAGCUCAAGUUCAUUCAGGAGAAGAAAACCGCUUUAACCAAGCAACAAAGACGUCAAUUGGCCGAGCUUCUCAAACAAGGAAAGGAGAGCAGUGCUAAGAUCAGAGUGGAGAACAUCAUUCGUGAUGAUAUCUACAUCGAGCUCUUGGAAUACCUUGAGCUUUACUGCGAGUUACUCCUUGCUAGAAUCACUAUAAUUCUCGACCCAGCUAGAACCACAUGCGAGAACAACAUCCUAGAGGGUGUUCUGUCGGUGAUUUACGGAGCGUCGCACUCCGAGUUGAAGGAAUUGAUCACGAUUCGAGACAUCUUGAUCCAUAAAUAUGGCCCAGACUUUGGCAAGCGUGCUCUCGAAAACUCCGAUGGUCACGUUCCUGAAAAGAUCGUCAAGAGGUGUCAGGUUGACCCACCUGAGGAAACAUUGGUGAAUCUUUACUUGUGUGAGAUAGCUAGGGCAUACGAAGCUCCAUAUUCGGGCUUGAAGAUUGAGGAAAUUGAGGAGGCAAAAAAGGAUACUGGAGACGAAGAUGAUGAUGAUGAGCCCUCUGGAGGAGUAAAAGAACCCGAGGCUCCAAUAGCAGAAACCGCCAAGCCGUUAUCUCCCGCAGCAAAAGAAUUAUCUGAAUUUGAUGCUUUAAAGGCAAGAUUCGCUGCUUUGAAGGGCAAGUAG